AUGUUUUGCGUGCGAUCUUUCAAAAACGUCGGUAAAGCACGGAACAUCAGCAACAGCCGAAACUUCUCCAAGAGCAGCAUCCAAGCGGGCUCUCACCAAUUAGUUAAAAAUUUACCGUACGAUCGAUCGAAGAUAUAUUCAGUGAUAGUCGAUGUAAAGUCGUACCCUGAAUUCAUACCCUACUGUCUCUCAACAAGAAUCAUCGAACCGACCACCGGCCAGGAUCAGACUCAGGUCAAUUUGGCCGCUAGUCAAGAAUCGCAAAACGCAUUCAAGAAGCAUGAAUUUGAAGUCUUCACUCGGAUCGGCUACAAGGGAUUCGAAACUGAUUACCAUAGCCGGGUUGUCUGCCAACCAUUCGACUUGGUACAGGUCAUUGCAAAGCCUUCAACGACCUUCACGAACCUAACUACCACCUGGAAACUCUGUGAACCUGCAUCCUCAACCGGAGCAUCAUCAUCAUCGGAUGGACUCACUCUAGUCCAAUUAGACCUCUCUUUCAAGUUCAAGAACCCGAUCCAUGAGUACUUACUGACUGACGAGCUGAUUUGGAAGAAAUUUAGUGGUCUUGUCAUCAAAUCAUUCGAAGAUCGCUUGGCUUCUCUCUAA